GAACACUUCUCUCUUUCUUGUGAGGAGGGAGGGAGGGAGGGAGGGAGAGAGAGAGAAUUCUACUUGUGUUGUGACUUGUGAGAGACUAAGUCAAGAAGGAGAGAACACAGCCAUCUUUGUGUCCACCAGAAUCUUUCACAGAAGUGCUUUUUCCUUAGUGCUUUUUUCUGGAGCGGAAACCUCAAAGCUUUGGGCUUUUGAUUCGAAGUUCCAGCCUUUGGGGUUCAGUUCUCAGUUUUUCUCACUCUUGGAUACCGGCAGUCAGUUCAUCGAAUGAUAGUGAAUGUGAACAUUAAGCUGAAUGGGCUCAAAGUUCUCCUUAUGUGCACAUGAUGUUCCUAUAAUGUUGGCAAUGAAGAUUAAAGUUGCGGGAGUGGCUAAGAAGACACUAGUUGGCACACUUAAUAUAACGAGCAUCCACCCUGCUCUAUUUAUUUAAAAAUCAGAUGCGAACCAGAUGAGUGAAUUUGGGGCUUCCAAAGCUAUGUCUUCAUCAUUUCCGCGUCUCCAUGUCCCCCUAGACGACAAGUAUACCAAUUUGCCGGAUUCUUUUCAGGUUUCAUCACAACGGGAGAAGAGUAUAUACUCUAUGCAACUGCAGGCUUCUUCCCCUGGGAACUUAUUUCCAUCAGCUUCUAGGCCCAAUGAUAUUCAUAUUUCUUCAGUUCCCCCUUGUGAACAGAGUUCCCAAAACUCUCCUUUCAUUUUUAAAUCACCAGUUGACGGAAAGUCAUUGUCACUGCACCGUUCUUCCCAUUCUUCCCAUUCUCCCCAUUUAGAAGUGCAGCCGACAGCUUUGAUUAAUUACCCUGAAGAAAAUAAAGAUAUUUCUUGGUGCCCAGAUUCACUUCCGGGUUUUCUUCACUUUUCUGAAAGUGUCCCUGACCAGAAUGGCCUGGUGGAUAGUAGUGCCGGUGUCAUAACAUCUGAGGAACAUGCUGGAAAGACCAAUUGGUCUGAUUGGGAUCGAUUAAUUUCAUUUGAUGACGCUCUGGACCCAAAUUGGGAGCUUCCGGUUGAUGUUGAUACAAUGGAUCCUAAACUGACGCGGCCCCAGGUUCAACAACAUCCUCCCCAGAUACAACAAUAUCAGCUCCAGAUUCAGCAACAUCAUCCCCAGAUUCAACAACAUCAGCCCCAGAUUCAACAGCAUCAGUCGGUACAAGCUGUAGAAUUUCGUCCUAGUCCUGAACCAUUGUCCAGUGUUCCUCCAACCAAAUCCAGAAUGCGUUGGACUCAAGAACUUCAUGAGGCCUUUGUGGAAGCUGUUAACCAUCUUGGUGGUAAUGAACGAGCCACUCCUAAGGGUAUCGUAAACCUCAUGAAAGUUGAAGGAUUGACAAUCUAUCAUGUAAAAAGCCAUUUACAGAAAUAUAGAACAGCAAGAUACAAACCGGAGUCAUCAGAAGGACCAUGCGAGAAAGUUUCAACUCCAGUGGAAGAAACAAAUCCUCUAGAUGUGAAAGGGAGCAUGGGUAUUACUGAAGCAUUGCGGUUGCAGGUGGAACUCCAGAAGCGGCUUCAUGAACAACUUGAGAACCAAAGAAAGCUGCAGUUGAAAAUUGAAGAACAAGGGAAGUACCUUGAGAAGAUUUUUGAGCAACAAAGAAAAAUCAAAGACAACAGGGUCACGUCCGGAUCAUCCACUAUGGAUGACCACCCUACUCCGCUAUCAAACAUUGCAUGUCCUCCCCCUGGAGAGGAUAAACCAGAAACCUCUAAUCAUCAGCAUGAUAAAACAGCUAUCAGCAUCCCCUUAGAAGAUGGUUCACAAGAUGCAAGCAGGGAGGCACACGAACCUGAAUGUCCCGAGGAUCCAGAUGGUGUCGAGUCUGGUGCUCAGCCCACAAAACGAGCCAGGAAUGGAUAAAAAUAACAGUAUUCUUAGGAUUUGUCUCGAAGUAAGCUUUGAUAAGGAGCAUGUGGUAUAUUAUUGUAGUUUUGAAGGUUCUAGUUUUGGUCGUUUAAACUUUAGUUUUCAUGGGCGAAUAAAACUGUAGUCUAUGAGUUUCUUGAUUAGCAUUCUCUGACAAGGGAUGUAUUCUGCAUUGAGAAAUGUCACCACCUUGGAUGAUGAAUUUACUUUUUAUGCCUUUGACUGCGAUUCUUAUUGUCAAAUUCAAUAUUGUUCAAGUUAAUCA